UUGCAGCAGCGAWCAUGCACCAUGGAAACGGUCCUCAGAAUGCUCAGCGGCAGCUCCAGAGGUCCAGGUCCUUCACGGGCAGYGAGGGAGAAGAGCAACAGGCAAAUUUACCCCAGUCCCCUGCAGCUUCUUUUGCACCUUCAGCAAGCCCAUCUGCCCCACAGUCCCCCAGCUACCAAAUACAGCAGUUUAUAAUGAGCAGAAGUCCGGUAGCUGGGCAGAAUGUGAACAUCACCCUGCAGAACGUUGGGCCGGUGGCUUCAGGAAACCAGCAGAUAACACUGACCCCUUUGCCAAUCCCGAACCCGACGUCACCAGGCUUUCAGUUCAGCCCUCAGCAGAGGCGGUUCGAGCAUGGCUCCCCAUCCUACAUCCAAGUCACCUCCCCGCUGCCUCAACAGGUUCAGUCUCAGAGCCCCACGCAGCCGAACCCGGUGCCCGUGCAAACGUUACCAAACGUGCGGGCAGGAACUCCGGGCCCYGGCCUGGGCAUGUGCAGCCAGAGCCCCACCAGAGGAUUUGUAGAUGCUAGCGUGCUGGUGAGGCAGAUCAGCCUGAGCCCUUCCAAUGGCGGGCACUUCGUGUACCAGGAAGGACCAGGAAUUGCACAGAUUGCUCAAGGAGCUGCAGCACAAGUGCAGCUUCCAUCUUCUGGGGCGCCUGCUACAGUAAGAGAACGCAGACUUUCGCAGCCUCACUCACAGUCUGGGGGCACCAUCCAUCACCUGGGCCCUCAGAGUCCUGUGGCUAGCGGAGCAAACAUGCAAUCUUUGACCAGCCCAGGGCACAUCACAACUACCAGCUUGCCGCCGCAAAUCAGCAAUAUUAUCCAGGGGCAACUCAUGCAACAGCAGCAGCAAGUGCUUCAAGGACAACAGCUGAACAGACCCCUUGGCUAUGACAGGACUUCUGGUGGAUUGAUAGCAGGAGUUGGAGGAGCUAGUGCGUUUGGAAUGACAUCGCCACCUCCUCCCACAAGUCCUUCCCGGGCUACGGUUCCGCAGGCACUGUCGAAUCUUCCUCUUGCUCCUGCAGUUAACCAGGCGGUGAAAAAGCAGCCCAAGAAGUUGGAGGAGAUUCCUCCAGCCAACCAGGAGACUGCUCAAAUGAGGAAACAAUGUUUGGAUCAUCACCAUAAGCAAAUGGAAAUGCUUAAGGAAACUUUCAAGGAAUGCUUGAUUGAACUGUUUUUCCUGCAGCACCUUCAAGGGAAUAUGAUGGACUUUUUAGCUUUUAAGAAGAAACACUGUGUUCCACUGCAGGCAUACCUGAGGCAAAAUGACUUGGAUCUGGAGGAGGAGGAAGACGAGGAACAGUCUGAGGUUAUCAAUGAUGAGCAAACACAUACAGUAACUCCUGUUACGGGGACUGUGAACACCAUAGAAAUCGAAGCUCUUAAGAGACAAGCACUUGUGUCAGCAGGUGGGAUGCCGCCCGCUCCGCAGACUGUGCAGCUAACUGGACAGAAGCAGAGUCAACAACAAUACGACCCAUCGAAGGGACCUCCUGUGCAGAACGCAGCAAGUUUGCAUACGCCCCCACCACAGCUCCCUGGGCGCCUGCAACCCGCCAGUGUCCCCCUGACAUCUCUCCCAGCUGCACUGCAGCUUCCGCAGCAGCAACCGCAGGUAGUGGAAUCUCCAGCCCAGCCCCAGAUUCAGGUGAAGAUCCAGCCCCAAGGGGUACCCCUGGCUUCUGCUCCACUGCCAGCCCCACUUCAGCAGCAGGUGCCGCCAGCAAUCCACGUGCAAGGACAGACACCAAGCCAAGUGUCACAGCCACAAGCUACAAUACAGCAACAGACUGUGACUCUGACACGACCAUCUGCAGAUCCAGCUCAGUCUUCUCAGCGUCUUACGGCAAACACGCUACCGCCUACCUCAUCCAUUGCGCCAGCAACCAUCUCAGGCACCACGCCGCCUUACACGUACCCAGCACAAACAAACAGAACGUCUCCAGCAACUAACAAGUCAUUAUCUCCGAUUGCCUCAAAACCCCCAGGCUUAGCAGUAGCAGCAGCAGCACCUAAAACACAAAGUCCAGCUCAGAAUGCAGCRGUAUUACCACAGGAAAACUCUCAAGACAAGCUUGCUGAGCAAGUAAAGCUGGAAAAUCAAAUCCAUCAGCGAAUAGCAGAAUUGAGGAAGGAAGGUUUAUGGUCCCUGAGGCGACUUCCUAAACUCCAGGAGGCUCCAAGACCCAAAUCUCACUGGGAUUACUUACUGGAAGAAAUGCAGUGGAUGGCAACUGAUUUUGCUCAAGAGAGAAAGUGGAAGAUGGCAGCUGCUAAGAAGAUGGUAAGAACUGUGGCUCGUUACCAUGAAGAAAAGAAACUUAAUGAAGAGCGAGCUAAAAAGGAAGAACAGAAUAAACUAAGGCGAAUUGCUGCAUCAAUUGCUAGAGAAAUAGAGUACUUCUGGUCUAACAUUGAACAGGUUGUUGAAAUAAAACUGCAAAUUGAAUUUCAAGAGAAAAGGAAAAAAGCUUUGAAUUUAAAGAAAAUUUCAAAGAAAGGUAAUUCUUUGUGUUCUGUGGUUUUAAACAUUUCAAUUAUUUGAUGCUAGGGUAUGUCAUCCUCUGGAAGGAAAAGAAAGGCAAGCACGUCUUUGACUGAUGAGGAAGUUGAAGACGAAGAAGAAACAAUUGAAGAACAGGAAGCUAAAGAAGGAAAUAUAAACCACCAAAUGGAAUUGUCCAACCUAGCCAAAGAAGCUGAAUUGCCUUUGGAUGAUUUGCUGAAGAUGUAUGAAGGUGCCUUUGCAGAAAACUUUCACUGGCCCCAGCCUAAGCCUGACAGUGAAGAGGACAGCAGUGAGGAAGAAAUGGAAGACCAUAUCUCUGAUAGAGAGAGUCCUCAGAAAGAAGUUGUCCUCAUAGACUCGCUUCUCAGCAUUGACCAGUACAAGGGUAUAGACAGAUCAAGUCCCCCAAAGAAACAUAUGCGUGACAUAGCAGAAGUUGCUGCUGCAGCAGAAAUGCUGCUUCCUAAAGGCAGUGCAAGGAUAACAACAGCGGUAAAAUAUAAUACUCCAUCCCUUUUGUACGGGCAUCUCAGAGAAUAUCAGAAGAUUGGGCUUGACUGGUUAGCAAAGCUCUACAAGAAGAAUCUCAAUGGCAUUCUGGCAGAUGAGGCUGGGCUUGGCAAGACAGUGCAAGUGAUCGCCUUCUUUGCACACUUAGCUUGUAAUGAAGGUAACUGGGGUCCUCAUCUUGUUGUUGUGCGGAGCUGUAACAUACUGAAGUGGGAACUGGAAUUGAAACGCUGGUGCCCAGGAUUGAAAAUUCUUCUCUACUUUGGUAGCCAAAGAGAACUUAGGGCAAAGAGACAGGAGUGGAUGGAACCCAACAGCUUUAAUGUGUGUAUCACUUCCUACAAACAGCUGUUUAAAGGCCACCCAGCAUUUAUGAAAGUGCGGUGGAAAUACUUAAUAGUAGAUGAAAUGCAACAAAUAAAGAAUAUGACAGAGAAGCACUGGGAGGCACUUUUCAGUCUCCGAAGUCAACAUCGUUUGCUUCUGAUAGACACUCCUUUGCAUAACACAUUGAUGGAGUUGUGGACCAUGGUACAUUUUCUGAUUCCAGGAAUUUCCAGACCUUACCUGGAUUUUCCAGUAAAAGCAGCUAAUGAGGAGAACCAGGAUUAUUGUCAUAAACUGGUCAUCAGAUUACACAGAAUGAUUCAGCCAUUUAUUUUGCGAAGAUCAAAGAGAGAUGUUGAAAAGCAGCURACAAAGAAAUACGAACAUGUUCUAAAGUGUCGUCUUUCCAAUCGACAAAAAGCAAUGUAUGAAGAUGUCAUAUUACAACCAGGAACUCAAGAAGCCCUCAAAAGUGGACACUUUAUCAGUGUCCUGCAUGUCCUGAUGCAGCUGCAAAGGAUUUGUAAUCAUCCUGAUCUGAUAAACCCUCGACUCUCAAGUACCUCUUUUGUAUCAGAAACUCUGGAAUACAGAACUGUGUCUUUGGUACUCAGUGCCCUAGAAAAGGAUAUUUGGAAAGAAUCAGAYCUGUCCCUCUUUGAUCUGAUUGGAGUGGAAAACCGAAUGACUCAUUAUGAAGCACAAACAUUGCCAAAACAAAAGGUCACUAGAAAACUCAUUGAAGAGAUCUACAGCUCCCCUCCACCACCACCCAGGCCCACCUCAGUGAAGCUCAAACCAAACAGGUUGUUUCAACCAGUUCAAUACGGUCAGAAACCUGAGGGCAGGACGGUMGUUUUUCCAAGUACUCAAGUACAACGCACAGUGACCACAGCAACGGUAACUCAACAGGGACAAGUACGAGGCAGAUCACCUAUUGCUACAGUUUCUUCAAAUCAAGCCGCAGCAGCACAGUUUCAGACAACUCAGGCUUCCAGCAGUGCUCCAAGACACCCGCCAGCAGCGACCUUCACCACAGCAGCCGGCAGUGCCACUGCUGGGAAACCGCGGGCUCAGACCUCGGCGCAGGCCGCCCAGCUGGGCCAGCCCCAGCCCCAGCCCCCCUCGCACACCGUCCAACAGAGUGUGCUGCCCCAGAGGCUGGUACUCACCUCUCAGGCCCAGGCACGGUUGCCUAGUGGAGAGGUAGUAAAAAUAGCCCAGCUGGCUUCUAUAGCAGGAGCACAAGGCAGAAUCGCUCAGCCAGAGACUCCUGUAACACUGCAGUUUCAAGGGAACAAGUUUACUUUGUCUCAUAGCCAACUUCGCCAGCUCACUGCAGGGCAGCCCCUGCAGUUACAAGGAAGUGUUCUUCAAAUUGUUUCAGCACCAGGUCAGCAGUAUUUGAGACCUCAGGGUCCAGUUGUCAUGCAGACGGUUUCCCAAGCUGGAACUGUUCAGAAUGCUCUGAAUGCUUUAGGAAACCAGCAUCAAGCAGGUGUGCCARCUUCCACAGCAGUGACACAGCAAGUUUGUCUUGCAGGUAGAACUGCCGUUAGUAGUUUGUCAGCUGGUGAGAUAGGAGCAGCAUUAAAGCCAGUUCCUGCACAUGGACAGUCGCAGGAAACUUACGAGGAAAAGAACCGGCUUCUGAAGGAGCGUUUGGACCGAAUAUUUUCUGGCAAUGAACGUCGUUGUUCAAAAGCCCCCGUUUAUGGCAAAGACCUGCUGAGCAUUUGCUCCUUGGCUGGUGAAAGGAAGCUCCCUCGGCUGUGUUCCUGUGAAGAUAACAGCUGGAGGUGGGCUGGCUCUGUGGACUGUUGCCUUUCUUCAAGUGCCUCCGGAGGCCCAAGCGAUCCCUUGCAGGAAUUGAUCCUGACUUUGGUUCAGCAACUAGAUUCUUUAAAGGAUGUUGUUAACAGGGCUCUCUUUGUAUUGCCAGCUGCAAUUGCUGCUCCCCCAUGUUUGUAUGUAGCAAAUCCUCCCCCUUCAUACAGUCACAGGUUGAAACUCCUUAAGCACAAUCUUAAGCAGAAGGCAGCUCCACACUUGCAUCAGUUGCAACAGAUCACAGCUCCGCACUUGCUGCAGUUCCCUGACCUUCGGCUGGUGCAGUAUGACUCAGGGAAAUUAGAAGCUCUUGCUAUUUUGCUUCAAAAAUUGAAAUCUGAAGGGCGCCGUGUGCUGAUUUUAUCACAGAUGAUUUUGAUGUUGGACAUAUUGGAGUUGUUCCUGAAUUUCCAUUUCCUCACAUUUGUGAGGAUUGAUGAAUACGCUAACCACGAACAGCGGCAGGAGCUGAUGAAAAGUUUCAACAGGGACAAGCGCAUUUUCUGUGCUAUCCUCUCCUCUCAUAGUCGUUCCACUGGCGUCAACCUCGUCGAGGCAGAUACUGUUGUGUUCUAUGACAACGACUUAAACCCRGUGAUGGACGCAAAGGCUCAGGAGUGGUGUGACAGAAUUGGGAGAUGUAAAGAUAUCCAUAUAUACAGACUUGUCAGUGGUAAUUCUGUAGAAGAGAAGCUUUUGAAAAAUGGCACAAAGGAUUUGAUCAGAGAAGUAGCUGCUCAGGGAAAUGAUUAUUCCAUGGCCUUUUUAACACAGCAAACAAUUCAGGAGUUGUUUGAGGUUCAUUCUCCUAUGGAGGAUUCUGGAUUUAGAGUGAAAGCAGARGAAUUUGUAGUACUUUCUCAAGAGCCAUCUCCAUCAGAAAACAUUUCACCUAAAGUUGCAAGACCAUUUAUAGAGGCCCUCAACAGUAUUGAACAAGAGAAUGAAGAGUCAAAUGAUCACAUACAAGAAAUAGGUCCUGAAUCAAGCACUGAACCUUUAAUAUCAGAACUCUGCGAGACAAAAUACAAUGAAGAAACCUCACAGCUGCAGGAAUUAAUUGCUAUUGUGGAUCAGCUUACUCCAAUUGAGAAGUAUGCAAUGAAUUAUUUAGAGCUCUUCCACGUUUCUGCUGAAGAGAAUGAGCCAAGUUUGAAUGAGGUGGAAUUGAAAGCGACAAAGAAAGCAUGGGAAGUUCAGCAUAUGAAGAUGUUAAAGGAAAAGGAACAAAAAAUGCUUUGGGAGGAUGAAGAGGAACUUCUCACCUACACUCGAGAGGAUGCAUAUAACAAAGAAUAUGUCUACGAAGGUCCAGAUGGACAAACGGAAAUAAUGCCACUUUGGACUCCCCCCACUCCACCUCAAGAUGACAAUGAUAUCUAUAUUGAUUCUGUUAUGUGUCUGAUGUAUGAUACAACUCCAAUUCCGGAAUCAAAGUUGCCACCAGUUUAUGUCCGGAAGGAACGUAAACGACACAAAACAGACCCAUCUGCUGCAGGUAGGAAGAAGAAGCAACGUCAUGGAGAGACAGUUAUUCCUCCUCGUUCGCUCUUUGACCGAGCAACCCCAGGAAUGUUGAAAAUGCGACGCGAAGGCAAAGAGCAGAAGAAGAACAUCUUGUUGAAACAACAGACACAGUUUGCAAAGCCUUUGCCGACUCUUGUCAAACCAGCUGCUGAGGCUGGACAGGAUAAUCCCGAGUGGUUGAUCAGUGAAGACUGGGCACUUCUGCAGGCAGUGAAGCAGCUACUGGAGCUUCCUUUAAAUCUCGCUGUUGUAUCACCAGCACACACRCCCAAUUGGGACCUUGUUAGUGAUGUUGUUAACUCAUGCAGCAGAGUCUAUCGCUCACCAAAACAAUGCCGAAACAGAUACGAAAAUGUGAUUAUUCCAAGGGAAGAAGGAAAGACUAAAAACAGUCGCCCCCUUCGCACCAAUCAGAUAUAUGCUCAAGAUGAGGGUGCCACCCACACGCAACUUUAUACUAAUCAUUUUGAGAUGAUGAAAAUGAUUGCAGGGAAAAGAAGUCCACCUAUCAAACCUCUACUUGGCAUGAAUCCUUUCCAGAAGAAUCCAAAGCAUGCAUCUGUGCUUGCAGAAAGUGGAAUCAACUAUGAUAAACCUCUUCCUCCAAUUCAAGUUGCAUCCCUCCGAGCUGAACGUAUUGCAAAAGAGAAAAAGGCCUUGGCUGAGCAGCAGAGGGCCCAGCAGCAGACGGGCCCCCAGGCGCAGCAGCAGCAAGGCGGCCAGCAGCAAGCCCAGCAGCCGGCAGUGCAGCAAGCGCAGCCGCAGCCCCAGGCCCAGGCCCAGGUAGUUCAGCAGCAGCAGGCAGUGGUACAGACUGCGGUAACUACUGUGGCCAACACAGCAGUAUUGGCGGGCACAAUCAAAACAGCAGUUACUGGGACAAGUAUUCAGACUGCUACAGUAAGUGGAAAUGUCAUAGUGAAUACAGUUGCUGGAGUUCCUGCUGCUACCUUUCAGCCCAUCAAUAAACGUCUGGCCUCACCUGUUAUUCCUGGAACUCUGACUACUUCAGGAGGCACCGCGACUGCGCAAGUGGUGCACACGCAGCAGCGAGCUGCAGCGGCGCCCGCUGCUUCCACGGAGCUGGUGACCAUCGCCUCUACCCAGGGAGUUCGUGCAGUGACCUCAGUGACAGCAUCCGCAGUCGUAACUACAAACCUAACACCAGUGCAGACCCAGACAAGAUCUUUGGUGACUCAGGUUACACCAGCUACGCCAACAGUCCAGCUCUCUGGCAAAACCAUCACCCCCGCGCACUUCCAGCUCCUCAGGCAGCAGCAGCAGCAGGCGGCGGCUCAGGUGCAAGUGCCGCAGAUUCAGGCACAGGCACAAGCCCAGUCUCCAGCCCAAAUAAAAACUGUAGGGAAGUUGUCACAGGAGCAGCUGAUCAAGUUGCAGAAGCAGAAAUUGCAGCUUCCUCAGCAGCAGGCAGCACAGCAGACACAGCAAGGGGCACAACAACAAACAGCACAAGUACAAGUGCAACAGCAACAGCAAACUCAACAGCUCACUGCUGUUACAGCCCCUCGGCCUGGUGCAGUUCUCACAGGCACUACUGUGACAAACCUGCAAGUUGCUCGUCUUACUCGUGUUCCUGCUUCCCAGCUUCAAGCGCAAGGACAGAUCCAGGCCCAAACUCCACAAGCAGCACAGGUUGCUUUGGCAAAGCCUCCAGUGGUGUCUGUUCCAGCUGCUGUUGUGUCUUCUGCGGGAGUCACCACACUCCCUGUUACUGUUGCAGGCAUUAGUGUUGCUAUUGGACAGCCACAGAAGGCUGCAGGAGGUCAGACGGUAGUUGCACAGCCACUGCAUGUCCAGCAACUUCUAAAACUUAAGCACCAUCAAGCAGCACAGCAACAGAAAGCUAUCCAGCCUCAGGUUGCACAGGGACAAGCUACUGUGCAGCAAAAGAUAAAUGCUCAACAAGUUACAGUCCAAGCCCAACAGCAGACAUCACAACAACAGAAAGUAACUUAUACUACGCAGCCAGCCAUUAAAACACAGUUCUUGACAACUCCCAUUUCCCAGACCCAGAAACCAGGUGGAACCCAACAAGUGCAGGCUCAGAUUCAGGUUGCAAAACUUCCACAAGUGGUCCAGCAACAGGCUACUGUUGCCAACAUUCAGCAGAUGGUUUCGGUUUCCCAACAGGUUCAAGCUCAACCCCAAACCGUGACCCUUUCUCAGACAACAGCAGGUCAGCAGCAGGUUCAAGUGAUUCCUGCAACAACUGCUACUGCUCAGGUUGUCCAGCAGAAGCUGAUUCAACAGCAAGUCGUGACAACAGCAUCUCCCCAGAUUCAGGCUCCAGGUGUACAGAAUCCUGCACAGACACCAGCAACGUCUGAGGCCCAAACUCAGCAAGCAAAAGUACAAAUGAGGACACCUACUGUCAGAUUAAAGGCACCCACUAAACCAAGUUGAACUMAUGAUUAAAAGGCAAUAAGCAGGGAAGUACAGCAUUUCGUGUUUGCUAAGCCAUGGCAAAGUGAGAAGCUUCUCCAAACAUCCACAUGAAGACAAAUCACCUUUAUUAUUUUUUUUUAUCAGAAGGAUUUUGCUGGUGAACAUUUAAACAUGGAAACUCUCACAAAACCUCAGCAUGGUAGCAACUGUGUAACACUCAAAAUCCAUACAAGAUACAUUCUGCCAGUGUUCUCUGUGCUCGUUCAAAUCAGAUAAAGCAAACAUUGCUUACACUUAAAUUCUGCCCCGCUGCACAAARUUAGAAUGGUGAUAUACCAUAAAUGUCAGUAAAAUUCAUCUAGCUUAAAAUCCCCUAACCUGCCUGUGGAAAUAUGCAGCUCUUUGCUAUAAUUUGGGUGAAUGUUCAAUAUCUGUGGUGAAGCCAUUCAAAGAAUCAAGCGUGGCUAAAAAAGCAAAGUAUUUUCCAUCUCUAAAAGCUGCAUAUUGUUCUUGCUUGAGGGUAAAUACCUCUGGAGGAACUAAUUUAUAUUUGAAGUGCUCCCUGAAAAGUUUAGCCAAUAAAUGUGAAAACCUGUAAGUAUGUGUAAUUAAAAGGAAAAAAAAAAGUUUCAUUCUCCAUUUUUGUAAGUCUUUUAAAAUGUUUGUUAGUAGUUUUGUGUACAGUUUAAUGAAGCACCCAACCUGUGUGUCAUUCUCUCAUAUUUCACUUUAAGAUAAUGGAUAUUUUAGGCAUGAACUGAGUAAAUACUGUGUUGAUAGUAGAUGUGCAUUACAGUGUAGCCCAUUUUUUUGUAAAAGAAUUGUUCAGUAGAUACAGCUAAACAAAUGGUCCGUAGCUGUUUCUCGUGGGACUUCCUUAAAGGAAAAUCUCAGACAGAUGAAGUUUAAUCUCUCAGUUUCAUUCUGCUCUUGCAACAUGUUUAAAUGUUCAG